UAGACGAAAGUCGAAAGGGGAAGAACUAAAAAAGGCGAAACUUGCCGAAGACGAAACACGAAAGGCGAAACUGGCACACUCCUGUUUUUCUAUAUAUUUUUCACUCUCGCAGCUCUUUCCUAUAUUUUUAUAUCACUUUUCAGCAGUAAAUGGCGUAAAUAAAAAAAGAAAAAGCUUUUUUUUUAUGUGUGAAAGCGCUUUUACAGCCGAGACAAAUUGAAAAUAAAAUUAUAAAAAUAUAGCUAAAAGCCCUCUCUUUAAUAUUUUCUCUCUAUAAAUUUUAUGUAAAGCUUAUAUUUAUUUUUAACUGACAAAACUCUCUAAAUAUUAUUCUGUGAAUGCUCAUUGCGCUGUCACCCCACAAUAAACGUGUGUUUGUCCUUUCGGCACAUAUUCUCUCUCGUUUCCUGGCAUUUUUACCCUCUUUUUCUAAUCCUCAAUUGAAAUUACUAAUAGAAAUAAUAUUUUUUCUCAUUUUACUUAAUAUAUAUUUUUCUGUUUUUCCCUAAAAAGUGUAGGUAAAAUAUAUCGAAUCCUUUCGAGAGAGUUGUCUAUUGCCUUAAAAGUUUGAAAAAAUGGUUGUAAUGCGAUCCUUUCAUUCCUUAUCCAUUUUAAUAAAAUUUAAGUUUGUUUAAAGCCCUUACAAACAACGAAGCGCAUUCUUUCAUUAUCCUUCAGGGGUCUUGCCGACAUUUAAAUAAAUUCCCGAUUUUAAGAAUCAGACAACAUGAUUCUUUUUCUAUUCUAUGAUUUUUUAGUUUCGUUUCGCUUUACUACAAUUAAAGAAAAUUUUGUUUCGCUUUCGUUUCGCUUUUGUUUCGCUUUCGUUUCGUCUUUAGUGUUUUACAGUUUCGAAUGUGUCUCUUCCUUCUCUCUCACUCUCUCUCAUUUAAAAAAAUUUUAUUUUGUCCUCAAUCAACGAAAUCUGAUAUACCUAGAUAGGUCCUUUCUUUAUGUUUUUAGUUUCUUUUUCCCGAUCCCGUUCUUCCUUUUCACUUAA